AUGACGGGAGACUUUGAGUCCCCGAGCCCAGGAGGUCAUCUGCCCAACGAGGCCGAGACCAAAGAUGGAAACCUCAGGCUAGUUACCGAAACCCAAAACGGCCAGCAGGUUACUGUUGUCCGUGAUGCCGAUAACCACAUUGUGUAUCCCACCUACGUCCCACCUGCAACUCGCUCUCCCGUGUCAGGAGAUUCGCCUUCUACAUCGCCCUCACCAAAGACUACCACCAUGUCCGAACCGAAUCAAGAUAGGGAAAAGGGGGGGCAGCGGGAGGCAAAAGGGAAGCAGCAAGAGGAGGAACCAAAAGUCGAACAACCUCGCAAGGUCCAGACAGAACCAACAGACAGAACAGCCUCCCCUCGCCCCCAAGCUCGAAACUGGGCCACCGAAUUCCCCCAACCCGACAAAACCUUCACCAUGCCUGCUCCCCCUCGUCGAGCCGGCACAAAUCUUUCGGCGAUUCCCCCUGGAGUAGACUAUUCUAGCAGCAGCGACUCCUCUUCUUCUUCUUCCGACGACGAAGAAGACUACCAUACCCAGCCUUCCAGCAAAAAGAAGCACAAGAAGAAAUCCAAGAAACCAACCCCCGAGGAAGAAGAAGACCGAUACCGCCGCUUCAAGAUCGGAAACCCUCACUACAAAACCCGCGGCAAGGUCUCCAAGCGCGACGGCCGGCUGAGCAUUUCUGUCAAGGACACCUCCCAGACGGGGUAUCUAGCCAAAGCUCUCGGGACAGCAGCAAAGCACAUGGUGCCACUGAAGCCGCCCCCGGGCGGUUCAGACUCUGAAUCCUCCAAGUCGGUCGCCGCCCACUUCAAGGGGGUUCCCACCCAGAAACGGACCGCUUCCACGAUCGAUAUCAAGUCGCUCAAACCACCCAAACUCAACAUCGUGAUCAUGGUCAUUGGCUCCCGGGGUGACGCACAACCGUUUCUCAAGAUUGGGAAGAUCCUCAAGGAGAAGUACGGACACCGCGUCCGUAUUGCCACCCACCCCGCCUUUAGGGACUUUGUCGAGCAGGACUCUGGACUGGAGUUUUUUUCUGUCGGGGGGGACCCGUCUGAGCUGAUGAGCUUCAUGGUGAAGAACCCGGGCAUGAUUCCGACCUUGUCGUCGGUCAAGGCGGGGGACAUACAGAAGCGGCGGGCGGCCAUGGCGGAGAUGUUUCAGGGGUUUUGGAGGGCGUGCAUCAACGCCACCGACGACGAGCACGACGUGAGGAACAUCAAGAUGAUGGGCAGGCGGGACCCGUUCGUGGCGGAUGCGAUCAUUGCGAACCCGCCGAGCUUUGCGCACAUUCACUGCGCCGAGGCGCUGGGGAUUCCGUUGCACUUGAUGUUUACUUUUCCUUAUACCCCGACGCAGGCGUUCCCGCAUCCGCUGGCGAGCAUUAAGAGGAGCAAUGUGGAGGAGGGGUAUACGAACUUUAUCAGUUACCCCUUUAGGGUUGGGACGCUGGGGCUGGAUCCGGUGAGCACGCUCUGGGCUCCCGGGGCGACGUAUCGGUUGCAUGUGCCGUUUACGUAUCUUUGGAGUCCGGGGUUGGUGCCGAAGCCGGGGGAUUGGGGGGAGGAGGUGGAGGUGGCGGGGUUUGUGUUUUUGGAGCUGGCGGAUAGUUUUAAGCCGCCGGGGGAGCUCGAGAGGUUUUUGGGGAGGAGCGAUCAGGGUGGUGGGGAGGGGGAGGAGAGGGAGGAUGAGAAGCCGGUGGUGUAUAUUGGGUUUGGGAGCAUUGUUGUGGAUGACCCGGAGAGGUUCACCGAGAUGAUCUUUGAGGCGGUGGAGUUGGCGGGUGUGAGGGCGUUGGUUAGUAAGGGGUGGGGAGGGCUGGGGGGGGACAAGUUGGAUGUUCCCGAGGAUGUGUAUAUGCUUGAUAAUACGCCUCAUGACUGGCUGUUCCCUAGGGUGAAGGCGUGUGUCAUCCAUGGAGGGGCGGGGACGACGGCGAUCGCGUUGAAGUGUGGGAAGCCGACGAUGAUUGUGCCGUUUUUUGGGGAUCAGCAUUUUUGGGGGAGCAUGGUUGGCAAUGCGGGGGCUGGGCCGGAGGCGGUGCCGUAUAAGGAGCUGACAGCGGAGAAGUUGGCGGAGGGGAUCAAGUUUUGUUUGAGGGAUGAGGCUAGGGAGGCGGCGGAGAAGAUUGCGAGGGAUAUUGAACGGGAGGGGGACGGGGCGGAGAAUACUUGUGAGGCCUUUCAUAAGGGGUUGUUGAUUCAGAGAGAGGUGAAGGGAGGGGGGAGGAGCUCGAUGAGGUGUUCGAUUCUGCCGGAUCAGGUGGCGGUUUGGCGGAUGAAGGAGACGGGGUUGAGGUUGAGCCCUAUUGCGGCGGAGAUGUUGGUGGAGAGGGGGCUGGUGAGCUGGAAGAAGCUGAGGUUGUUGAGACAUAACGAGUGGAAUGAUUUUGAGGGGCCGGGGGAGCCGAUGACGGGUGUGGCGGGGUCGAUUAUGGGGACGGUUGGGAAUGUUUUUGGGGGGAUUGGGGGGGUGCCGUAUCGGGUUGCGAAGAGUGCUAAGAAGCGGAAGGAUAAGGAGAAGGGGAAGAGGAAGAAGAGGAAGGAUGACAAGAGGCAGCAGCAGCAGCAGCAGCAGAACGGGAAUGACGAGGGGGAUGGGGAAGAGCCACCUCAAGUUGAGACUGCUACUACUCAUGCCAUUGACGACCGGAGAUCGGACUCUUCUUCUGUACGCUCCAACCCGGCAGAGGAAGUAGCUCAUCAUGUCGGUCGUGGCGCCCUCAAAUCGGCCUCCGCCAUCGCCAAAGCCCCUGUCGACCUCAGCUUGGCCCUCGCUCAAGGCUUCCAUAACGCCCCUAGACUUUAUGGAGACGACACCGUCCGGCGACCCAUCCGUGUUACUGGGAUGAAAUCAGGUCUCAAAGCAGCCAGAAAUGAAUUCGCGUACGGCAUCUACGACGGCGUCACGGGCGUCGUUCGCCUCCCCUACCGCGGAGCAAAAGAAGGUGGCCUUGGUGGGUUUGCAAGGGGCGUGGGUAUGGGACUUACGGGGUUUGUGCUCAAGGACCUGGCUGCUGUCAUUGGGCCGGUUGGGUACACGCUCAAGGGAGUGGUCAAGCAAGCUGAACGGGGGAAGCAGCCGAUCAAGUACAUCAGGCGGGCGAGGAUUGUUCAGGGUGAACGAGACACGGAGGCGUUGAGCGAGGAAGAAAAGGCGAGGUUGAGCAAGGAGGCGCUGAAGGGGUGGUCGGUGAUGUGGAAGUUGUGGGACGAGAUGGUCAAGCAGGAGAAGAAGAAGCGGGGGAGGAGCAUCAAGGCUAAGCUUGGAGGGAAGGCGAGGAGGCGCCGAAAGAGAAAGGAAUGGGACGUGGUGUUUGAGAGUGUGGAGGUUGCGGAGAAGGCGUUGGAGGCGCUGAGGAAGGGGGAGGAUAUGGAUGUUGUUUUGGAGCGGGUGGAGAAGGAGAGGAGGGCGGGUCAUAGUCCUGUUGCGGUUGAAAAUGGGCAGUCGAACAUGUUGGAGAGUACGGAGAAUAAGGACUUUGCGGGGGUUGGGAAAAGGGAGGCGGAUGCUGAGACUGCUAGCACGAAGGUUCCUAGUCCGUUGGAGAUGAAUGGGGUGGGUAGCGGGAGCAAGGUUGAUGGGGGAGGUGGUGAUGGGUGA